CUUCUUCUCGGGGGUAGAGGGGUUUUGGUGGUGUGCGCUGCCCCUUCCGGUCACAGGCAGAACUGCAAGAACAACCAGUGAGGUCUGACCGGAACCGAACCUUCUGGUGUUCUGGAGCUAAAUCAGGCUCAUAAUUCACAAAAGCACAGGAUCAGAUCCACACUUGUAUUUUUGAUGCAAACACAAAUACAUCUUUAUUUCCAAAUGUCUAUUUAAUAAAACGUCUGUCUGACUGGGUGAUCAGUAACCAAUCACAUUAACCCAUUCCAGCAGCCUGUCGCCAUGACGCCUCAGCCUGGUUCCCCUCAGCGACAGAGAAGCGUGUCUCCUAGUGUCUGCGGCUCUAAUCCUGCUAAGUGGAUCAAAGUUCCUCAGAGACUCUAAGCUCUUUAGACGCUGAAGCAGAGUUCUGUCCGCCAGUUGGACCGGGCCACGAUGGGAGCUGGCGCUGACCCGACUGGGACCAGACCCUGAAGCAGGACUGACAUUUGAACCUGGGAGACCCACAGAUCGGAGCCAUGGACCCAGACGACCCGUCUCCUCUGCACCGGUUCGUGGUUGCUAAGCGAUCGAUCGGGUCGAUCUUCGACCAGCUGCUGGAGUUUGUGAAGAACGGGUCGGCCUUCGUGGACGAAGCUGUUCAGAACCAGGACCUGGGUCCGGUUGCUGUGGAGGAGCAGAACCUGGAGAUGCAGAGCUGUGCCAACAAGCUGGCCGCCAUCAGGGAGGUUCUGCUGCGGAGAACCAUGAAGGUGGCCUUCUUUGGCAGAACCAGCAACGGGAAGAGCACGGUGAUCAACGCCAUGCUGCGGGAGCGCGUGCUGCCCAGCGGCAUCGGCCACACCACCAACUGCUUCCUGAGCGUGGAGGGGACGGACGCCGCCGAGCCCUACCUCACCACCGAGGCGUCUGCCGAGCGCCACGCCGUCUCUACAGUCAACCAGCUGGCCCACGCGCUGCACAUGGACCCGGCGCUGGACUCGGGCAGCCUGGUCCGAGUGUUCUGGCCCAAGAACCGCUGCGCCCUGCUGAGGGACGACCUGGUUCUGAUGGACAGCCCAGGGACAGACGUCACCCUGGAGUUGGACAGCUGGAUCGAUAAGUUCUGUUUGGAUGCCGACGUCUUCGUUCUGGUGGGGAACGCCGAGUCUACCCUGAUGAACACGGAGAAGCUGUUCUUCCAUAAGGUCAGUGAGCGGAUCUCCAAGCCGAACGUCUUCAUCCUCCAUAACCGUUGGGACGCUUCGGUGACGGAGCCCGAGCUCAUCGACCAGGUGAAGAAGCAGCAUCUGGACCGCUGCAUCAGCUUCCUGUCGGAGGAGCUGCGGGUUGUUGAGCCGGACCGGGCCGCUAGCAGAAUCUUCUUCAUCUCUGCCAAGGAGGCUCUGAUCUGCAGAACGCAGCGGAACCAGGGCAUGCCGGAGACAGGGGGCGCACUGGCUGAAGGCUUCCAGGACCGGCUGGCAGAGUUCCAGCAGUUUGAGAGAACCUUCGAGGAGUUCAUCUCUCAGUCGGCGGUCCGGACCAAGUUCGAGCAGCACACGGUGCGGGCGUGGCAGAUCACCGAGGCCAUCAAGACCAUCAUGGACGCCAUCAACAUCGCUUCGGCCGACAGGAAGAUCUGUUGCCUGGAGGAGCGGGAGGAGCAGCGGGACCGUCUGGACUUCGUCCGGGGUCAGAUGAGCCGUCUGAGCGACAGCGUGAAGAACCGGAUCGGAACCCUGACGGACGACGUCACCGCCAAGGUGGCCGCGGCGCUGCUGGACCAGAUCCAAUUUCUGCCGGUUCUGGUGGAGGAGUUCCGGGCCGACUUCAGCCCGACCCCGGAGAACCUGGAGCUCUACAAAGCUAAACUGGUGCAGCACCUGGAGCAGCGUCUCUCUGGCGGUCUGGCCCAUCGUUGCCAUGGCGACGUCCUCAGGGACAUCCGGGACGCCCAGAGACUCAUGACCGACAGCGUGCGUCCCCUGGUGUCGCCGUCCGUCCAGCAGCAGCUCUGCGCUCCGUCCUCGUCCUUCGAGAUGACCUUUGACCUCAGCCUGGCCGCCCUCUGCGCCGACUUUAGGGAGGACAUCGACUUCCGGUUCUCCCUGGGCUGGAGCGCCCUGGUGACCCGAUUCAUCGGCGCCCACCGGGCGCUGGCCGUACCCGAGGACGGACCGACCCUCAAGGACCGGCUGGUGGUUUCCAUGGCAACGAGCCUGGUGUCGGUGUCCUCCAGGGCGUCCAUGGCGGUGCUGUUGAUCGGGGGCGUGGUGUGGCGCUCGGUGGGCUGGCGGGUGGUCGCCCUGUCCGUCUCCCUCUAUGGUUUGCUCUACCUGUAUGAGAGACUCACCUGGACGGCGUCCAGCCAGGAGCGCGCUCUGAAGCAGCAGUUCACAGAGUUCGCCGCCUUCCGUCUCCGCGCAGUCGUCCCCGUCACCAGCUCCGCCUGCAGCCAGCAGGUGUUCAAGGAGCUGACCUCCACCUUCAGCCGCCUGACCCAGAGAGUGGACCUGAGCGAGGCGGAGCUGGAGGGACGGAUCCGGCAGCUCACCUGCAGGAUCCAGAGGUUGGAGGCGACCCAGAGGAAGUCCAAGGCCUUCAGGAACCGGGCCACGGAGCUGGAGACCCAGCUGGAGGCCUUCUCUGCUCGCUACCUGCAGGCUGCGGACUGAAGCAGCAGCGGUUUGGAUCCACCUGCUCCGACCAGAACCAGGACCGGACCGGAGGAGCGUGGUUCUGCCUGUGCUGGUGUGGACCAGCAGUGGUCAGACUGAGGCGGUAUUAGGGUUUGGUUCUGGUCUCCAUCAGAUGUUCCAGUGACCUCUGACCUCUGCAGCUUGCGGUCAGGUUCGUCAGAGACCCGAUGCCUCGCUGCAGGGAGGUUCUGGGUUUUGCUCCCUGACCCGGUCCAGAACCCAGCUGCGUUACCUGGAACCCACUGAAACGUCUAAAAGUCUUUAUGCUGUUCAUGAAAAUGAUUUUGUGUUUCAGCCAAUAAAACCUUUAAUACAGAAUCUGGAUUUAUGGAAACCAGGAAUAUUACUGGCUGAGAGACGGAUGGACGGACGGAGGGACGGAGGGAGGGGAGGACAGACAGAGGGGAGGACAGGUGGACGGACGGAGGGGAGGACAGGUGGACGGAUGGAGGGGAGGACAGAUGAGUUGGUCGAUCAAUUGGUUGAUUGAUGCAGGAGAUCAGGUGUCGCUGCUGAGAGCCAAUCAGAGGCUGGAGGAGUUGUGACCCCGUUGCUAUGUGUAGUGACCCCGUUGCUAUGUGUAGUGACCCCGUUGCUAUGUGUCGUGACCCCGUUGCUACGGGUGAUGGGGUCUGUUAGCGCCACCUGCUGGCGUCUCCAUGGCGACUGCAUGCAGCUGGUCUCAUCUCGGCUCUGAUUGGUUGGUGGAAAUGAAACGAUCUUUGAUGGAAGUAAAAUGAUCAAUAAACACUGAACUGAU